CAUCAACGCUCUGUUGGAUAUCAGCCUGGGGUAUGUGGAUGCUGGCACAAAGAUUGAACACCAGCUCAUCCUCAAAAGCAAGGAGUUCUUUGUCAAUGGAGAUGUGAAGGUGAUUCCUGACCCUCCACCAUUCACACGCGAACCUUCCAAAGAGAUUCCAAAGGAAGGAGAGCUAACAAUUGAGCAGCUCAGUCACCUGCAUCGACAGUUUAUGCUUGUGGCACCCACAGGUGUCAUGCUGAAAAAGGAAUUCAUUGAGAUUUUACAGGACCUGGUGACAAUGGACCUUGGCACAGACCAAAUGCCUGACCAAUGGAGUUCCAUCUCUUACUCACAG